CUCGCUGUGCUGCCUUCUCUGGUGAGGAAACUUUCUCUCAAAGCCUUCAUGCGCAGUUUGCUCUGGCAGAACAGUGCCCUCUUCAGGCAGGAGGAGCUGAGCGUGGCCUUAUUCCACAUCAAGGAUGUUUCCAGCAGACAGAGAGACGUUCAGAAGCGGAUGGAGCUGCUCCAAUCAGAGAACAAGGACAACAGCUCUGUACCACACAGCAGGAAGAGCUCCAAGGGGGAUUUGCUGAGCGCGCUGGGGGAGGGAGAUGCCUGCCUGUCCGCCCAAUCAGAACUCAGCGUCAUUCAGCACUACUUUGCCAGUAUACCAAACAGUGGGUCACCACACAGGAGCACUGCAUCCACACAGACUUCUGUCUCAGACCAGGAGCAGCAACAGAGAGGUUGCCAGUCCAAAUCCCCAGUGUGGGGUGAAAGGAAGAACAGUAGAGAUGAGACAGAGGCCCCCAAAAGCCUCAUAGAAAACAAUAAGAGGCAGACAGCUGCCCUGGAGCUGCUGGAAUCAGAGAGAGUUUACGUCUCCUACCUGUCUCUGUUACUGAAGGCCAACAUCUCCUUCAAUGGAUCAGAAGUCCUCACCUCCAAGGACAAACGUCCAUUUCCCAGCUCUCUGAGGUUUCUGAUCCAGCAGCAUCUAGAGCUCCUCCACACCCUGCAGGAGCGUGUGCUCAAGUGCCAGUGGCAAGGCAUCAUGGGAGAUGUAUUCAUGAGGCUCACCAGCAAAGAGAGUGAUUUCUUGGACUUCUAUGUGUCUUACCUGAAGGAGCUUCCAGACUGUCUGUCAGUCGUCAGCAUGAUCACCUCCAGCUCCAUGAAACCUACUGCUCUCCUCGAGUGUGAAAUAAUGGGCGAUGAUACCAAACCAUCGCUCCACACUCUGCUCCUCCAACCUGUUCAGAGAAUCCCUGAGUACCUGCUGCUGCUACAGGGUCUGCUGAGGCAGACGGACGCAGAGCACCCAGACUACUACCUGCUGCUGGUGUCUAUCCAGCAGUUCAGGUCCUUCACGGCUCAGUAUCACCACCUCCUCCAGCACAACCAGGAGCUGCUGCUGCACAACCGCAAGGAGAUGAAGAGCAGGUCCACCAUGAAACAGCUGUUUAAGACAGUGGAGUGUGGGAUUCAAGCCAAUGACCUGGGUUCACCAUACCCACCCAAUCAUGCUAUGCUAGAGCAUGCUAACCAGGUGAAGCGCAGCAAGCAGCGGCUCCUCGAACAGAUCCAGUCUCGUCGUUUCCAAGACUGGGACAGAGACCGGGACCCUGAACCUCAUCGUUAUGACCCAGACCGGACCUCUCACCUCCCCUUCUUCAGCCCUGAUCCAAACCACAAACCUGCAGGUCUCCACAGUAUCCCAGAGAGUGAGGCUCCUGAGGGGUCCAUGCCAUGCCAGCAUCGUGUACCCUCCAGACCUGCCGACUACCAGCACGUCCCAGCUGGGUCUGCUUUGGCCGAUGCCCUGGGAGAGUUCCUCCUCCCUCCGGAUCCUCCAGAGAUGGAGGGCCUGUAUGAGGACGAUGGAGACUCUAUCCACAACGUCUCCAUCUUUGAUCACUGCUCCUCUGCCUCUUCUGAUUCCUCCAUCGACAUCGCCUUCGUGAGAUGCCCCAAGAACGCUUCGACAUCACACCACGCAGCAGCAGCCAAUGUGUCAUCCACACGCGAGGUCUACGGCGGUGGUGGAAGCCACGGGAGUUCCUACAACAAACUGCCCAACCGAGGGUGUGUCUCCCCAGAUGAGGCUGUGAUGAUGCGCCACAACCAGCAUCGCCCACUUCAGGCCAGCCAGCGUAAGAGCAAGUCACUGAAUGGCCUGCAGCUGGACAGUACGGUGAGCAGUCUGGAUGGUGGCCCCCUGUCGGACCACCUCCACAGAGUGGGACUGGGCAGCCAUGCAAAGCUGGAGCGCCAGAGCAGCAAGGGCAGCAAAGGGUGUCCCACCCCAUCCCGAAAGGUCCAGAGCCCCCUGGGGAACAGCCAGCACAGAGUGGACACUGACAAGCAGAACGAGGAUCUCCGUGGUCUGCUGAGCAAGGACUCUGGGAUCCAGUCAUGGGGGGAGGAGCCCAAGUGGAGGGGUGGGGCAGAAGAGAAUAACCACACCCCUCUCAGCGAGAGGAGCCGCAAGCAGGAGAAAGGAGGCUUCAGGAGCUCGUUCAAGAAGCUCUUCAAGAAGAAGGGCAGUGAGGAGAAGAAGGAGAAGGGAGGUGAGAAAACGGCAGAAAACCAGAACAGCGACCACGAGACGUCAGGUAAAACGCCCCGACUGGCCCAUCUGGAGAUCGACCGCGGCACCGCUGUGUGAACACCAUGCUGGGACACACUCACACACACAUACAUAGACACACACUGACAGAUGCACAGACAAGUACACACAUACAGAUAUAUACACAAAGAUACGUAUGCAGAUGCUUUGGCACAGAUGUACACCUAUGCAACCAAAAACAAUCUUUUCAUUUACAACUGCUGUAUAAAUGCUGUACAGGUAUUGGCUGUCUCAUGUUAAUAGCUACCAGGCAUGGCAACUUCUCUGCCAAAGCUCCCGGAGGUGUAUGGGAUUCAUAUUUUUAUAAAGUAAAUCAAAAAUCCUGUUGUUUUCCCCCUCAGCUAUUGGGAAGUUUUGGCCACAAACGUCACUGAAAACCCCAACAGUGUGUAAUUUAAUGGCCCCGACUUUGUCUGCGCUCCUUUCCACUCCAUUCUUAUUUUAUUUUAGCAGACCAUAUAGACCGUAACAAGACAUUAUAUUUUGCAUACUCAGGAGAACAGAUAUUAAGCGACUGUAUAUUAAAGACUGUUUGUAUGCUUUCCCCGCUUAAAGAAACAAUGCAUUUGUUCACAUCCAAAAAUCUGAGCUUUUUUUGUGGCAAUAAUUUCAAAACACUUGAUGAAAGUUAGUUUUGUACAUACAGGAAUAUGGUGACAAGAGUUAUAGGCCCACAUUAAAAUGAAGAUGUUCAAUAAAGGUCAACAUUGUAACACUA